ACAUCGGAGCGGAAGAAAACCAGGAAACGCUGUUCUGUUUAUUUCGUAAACGACACAGUAUACGUUUAUAGCUGUUUGUGGUCGUUACGCAUUUACUUUCUCAUUUAUUCUUUACUCGUAGAUAUAUAACUAAAAACAUCUAUUAUAAUGGCUCGUAACGCUGAAAAAGCAAUGACCACUUUGGCGCGAUGGCGAGCUGCCAAGGAAGCGGAAACUGGUAAAAAUGAACGUCGCCCAUAUUUGGCAUCCGAAUGCAGAGAUCUGGGGAAAUGCGAAAAGUGGCGGCUAGAAAUCAUUCGGGAGAUCUCCAAAAAAGUGGCGCAAAUUCAGAAUGCUGGUUUGGGCGAAUUCCGGAUUCGAGAUUUAAACGAUGAGAUCAACAAGCUACUUCGGGAAAAGCGUCACUGGGAAAAUCAAAUUUCCGACUUGGGCGGCCCGCACUAUCGCCGGUACGGUCCAAAAAUGUUUGACGCUGAAGGUCGCGAAGUGCCUGGAAAUCGUGGCUAUAAGUACUUUGGAGCGGCCAAGGAUUUGCCCGGAGUGAGGGAAUUGUUCGAGCAGGAACCACCACCUCCGCCCAAAAAAACGCGAGCCGAACUGAUGAAGGAUAUCGAUGCUGAUUACUACGGCUAUCGGGACGACGAUGACGGUAUUCUGUUACCUGUUGAAGAAAAAGCUGAGAAGCAGACUAUCCAGAGAGUAGCAGACGAGUGGAAGCAGAGUCAACUAAGCGGUGAUCGAAAAGAACAGGACCAGGAAGAAGAUAUCUAUGGGUCAGAUGCUAGGUUAAGUUCCGACGCGGAAAAACAGCAAAAGGAUGACCCAAUGGGACUGCUCGGACCGAGAUUCACCGCACACGUUCCCGUUCCCAGCCAGAAGGACAUCGAAGCCGCUCUACUGCGCAAGCGAAAAUUAGAGCUGAUGAAGAAGUACGGCAUUGAAGACGACGAGGACAUGUAGGAUAGGAUUUUGCAUAAUAAACAUGAUUUAAUAACACAAUACGUUGCACAUUAUAUUUCUUACUCGUCGUUUGAAUAUGUUCAUCCA